AUAGCGACUGUCAAGUCAAAUCUAAAGUGAAGUUGAAGGAAAAAGAUGACUGCCUGCUCGUCGGUCGUUUCGUUGUCGCGUAAAAGUUAGCUUUAGAGUUGGCAAUUUCCCGGUUCCACCGAGUAUAAAGUGAGCUAAAGUUUCUGUUUUAAACAACUACCCGACGCAAGGAGUAGCGUUCGCGGUGUAAUUCAUUGAAAGAAAAAGGAUAUCUUCACAAGAAAAUGUUCGAGAGUGAUCUGCGUCCGGAACAUAACGAAGGCCAAUUUUGUCGGCUGUGCUUCAACAAAUCUGAUGAUUUAUCUUCGCUGUUUCCACCCGCCAGCAUUCCGAACAAGUCUUUGCUUCAUAAAAUUUUUGACUGCACCUCCAUAACGUUAAGUUUCCGAGAUGAUCACAAUGCGAAGAUUUGUAACAGCUGCAUUGUCAGUAUUGAAGCUUUUUCUAAGUACAAAAAGAAAUGUGUCGAAAAUGAUAAAUUGUUACGAAAACGAAGGACCAACUUUUUCUCUGGACUUGGUUUAACGUCAGAUCCUGCUUCUGUUAGAGCUAGUGGAGUAUUAGACAACGAAGAAAAACAGCUGAACAAAUCGGAACAAGACAAUAUACGUGAAAAUAAAGACAAUUGUUCAGUUAAGCAGGAGGUUAUUGAUGAAGUUGAUGAUGAUGAUGGAUACUUCAAUCCCGAUCAAUUUCUUGCCCAAGAGACCCAGAUCGGCGAUAAACAGCUUGACCAAUCGUCACUGAAUGGAGGUAAUCAAAACGACAUCAGUCCGGCUAGCAAUGUUAAUUUUGAAAGAGGAUGGAGAACAACUGAGUUUUCUCCACAACCGGGCAAUUCCGGGUUAAAGGCACUUAAGAUAACAGACUACUCAAAUUUGACAGGCAAGCGUGGAAGGCCUCAAAAGUUUAUAACGACAGUACCUACCGAAAGGCUACUUGCACGUCCUGGUUUGCGACCUACUUCAAAUCCAUUCCAAAACUCGUCUCCCUCAACACCACAACCACGUGGCUUCGAGAGUGCCUAUCGCCAACAUUUGAAUAUGAGCAAUGGCGGUAGACUUUCAGGACUUGAACCUUUAGCAUUAGGUGGCAGGUACGACGCAUUCACAUUAACAUCAGCGGAACAGACGAGGAAGGUCCAGAAAUUUCUCGAUGAUGGUUUGCGAGAUCUAAUUUUGAAUGCUGGUGCUCCAAAUCCCAAUUUUGCAAUGGACGGUGGUUAUACUAGUUUCAAAGUGGUAAAAGCCCGCUGCAAUUCAUAUAACAUAAUCUUUGAGGCAAACCGUUUCCUACGCCGAAACAAAUCGUGCAGUGGUUUACCGAAAUGGUAUUGGGCCUGCAGUGUCAGUGGUUGUCCAGUAAAAAUUUGUAGUUAUAAAGGAAGAUUGUUCAAGACAAAUGACAAAAUCAACCACAUUCAUCCGCCUACAGAGACUGACGAAAAACAACUUGAUGCAAUUCUGCCAGAACAAGCAGAUGAAGAACUUUCGCAACUACAGCAAUCACCAGCAGUAGGAUCUCAUAGACCUCAACUUGAGCAACAGCAGCGGGAACAAGGCUUAAGGGAAUCAGGCGAGUCUAUAAUAAAAACAACCUCGCAAGGAAGUGUAAAGGGGGAUGAACUCAUUGAUAAGGCUGAACAAUACAAUAUAACGAGAGAUAAUGAUGAACACGAGAUUUUAGUUUACAAGGAACAUAAGCACAAAUUAUCAACUGUAAAUGAAGAAGGAGUAAAAAUCUGGAAAUGUGUUAACAUGAAUGAUGAGGGCCAUGUAUGCAAUGAUGUCAUACACCAAUUCACCGAUGGAAGCAUAAAAUUGCAAAAAAUGGUUAAGAAAGAAGAAUUAAGCGAUUUUGAUGAAGGAGAAGAAACAGCAAAUGACGAUGAAGGUGAUGGAGGUAAACGCAAAAGUCGCCCUCCAAAGGUGGCUGUUUAUGAAGGAUAUUAUUAUAAGUAUUGUCACGCAAGACCAGAAGGUACCUUGUAUUGGAGAUGUGUAAUGAAACAAGACAACAAUUGUCUGGCCUCUUUGCAUACGAAAGCAAAUUUUGAAUUCCUUAAUUUAAAUGACCAGUCGCACAAUCACGAUUCGCAGGAUCCGCCAGUCAAGCUUGAAAAUGUUAUAGUUUGCAAGGUAAUAGCCACAGCAAAAUCUCCGCCUGUUUUACCAGCUGGAUCUUCAGAUUUUCAACUGGUGAAGAGUGGGCAGAAACGAGAAUUUCUUAUCUAUCAAGGCUACCGUUAUUAUUUCCAAUACGAGUCCAAGAACGGCAAACGUUCUUACAGAUGUACAAUGUUCCGCAAUUGUCCAGCGGGGGCGUUUUUGAUGCCGGACAACACAAUUGCAGAGGCUAAGAACUUUGUUCAUACGCAUCCACCAACAGAAAAUCUAGAGAAAUAUGUAACAAAAGACAGUUUGAUUACUAGUCCAAUCAAAGAUGCAGAUGGCCAACCGCGAAGACAGCAGCAAACUGUUGCAGAAAGCGGUCAAUUUCCUAUGAUAUCUGAUCCUGUUACAAGUGCCAGCAGCAACGAAGAAGUUGCACGUGCGAAUGGCUAUAAAAUUAUUAUGAAUUACAAAAACAAAGAGAUACUCAUUUACAAUGGAUGGCGAUAUUUCGUUGAUUACAAAAAGAAAAAUGGUGGUCAAGUCUGGCGAUGUUCUUCUCAUAGACUUUGUCGAGGUGCUGUGCAUCUGUUUCCAGACGGAUCCAUAAACUUUGCCAAAUUAGUUGAUCAUAAUCAUAUGCCACCUAAAAAAAGUCUUAAUGCCUCAAAUAUUUCUGUUGAUUCGGGUCGAAUCGGGGACAGUUUUAAUAACAUAAAUUAUUCUAACAACGGGUUGUUACCGGAAGUUCCAUCUAAUGCAUAUGCUCCACCGUACCAUCGAUAUAUUACUCAUAAUGGACAUCGUUUUCGGUUUGCUACUCGUAAGCGGGAAGGUACUAUUUACUGGCGUUGCGCAAUGAGGCUAGAGACCAAAUGCCCGGUAUCUUUUCAUACUAAGGAGGACACAUACGAGUUGGUUAGCAUGAGAAAUCAUGAGCACAAUCAUGGAAUACCAUCUCUCUGGCCGGAAGUUGCGGGAGGUCAAAUUGAUGAAGAACUCCCAGCAGUGAAGAUGCCUCAGGAAGAAAUUGGAACUUCCGAUUACAUUUUGGCUAAGAACUCUAAAGGUCGAGACGUUAUCCUUUACCAGAAUGGACGAUAUUACUUGGACUACUCGAGAAAAGAUGGUAAAAUAGUUUUCCGCUGCUCUUCUGUUGCAGGGUGCCGUGCUACCGUUUUUCUGCUUCCGAACAAAACCCUUCAGGUAAAUCGUGAUCUGGUACAUAACCACGGUACCACUUCAAUUAUGAACAACCUAAUGAAUCAAUCGAUUCAUAUGCUUGAGCAAAGCUGUGGUUCCAAAUCAGAUGAUGAGGUUCAAUUAAUUGCUCCUCCAGAUCCGCUUAGCAUCGAUGUGAAUCAAUCCGUUGACCCAGCAUCCUCAUCGUCAUCAUCCUCAUCACAUCAAUUGCCUAAAUUCAUUGUGCAUCAUGGAUACCACUAUAAAUUCGUUUCUAGAGAUGUAAACAAUCAGACAACAUUUUGGCGAUGCUCAAAUUACGAGGCUAAAAUGAAUUGCAAGACCACGCUUUAUACUAAUCUUGCUGGUCAGGUGAUACGUUCUAAUAAUAUUAUACAUAACCAUAAAGCCGAAGAUUAUAACAAUGCUUCUGCUAAUAAUAGUUUAGCAAAAAGAAAAAAUCUUAUUGGUUCACGAGACUAUAAAAUCGUAAAGAAUUGGAAAAAUCGAGACGUACUGGUGUUUCAACAAUGUCGAUACUUUCUCCACUAUGUUAGAAAAGAUGGUCGAAAAGUUUGGCGUUGCUCAGCAAUUCGCAGUUGCCACGCUGCCGUAUAUCUCGGGGCAGAUGGUCGUGUUGAUCAGGUAAAAGGAGAACAUGUGCACGAUGUACGAGCGGAAGGUGAACCUCGCAGGAGACGUGCAAGAAGAUCACAUUUGGAGCUCGUAGCUCAUGGUGGAGGUCCUGAUGGAAACGGAACCAUGUCUUCCGGAAAUGGCAAUGAAUGGAUCGAUUAUAGUGACUAUGGAAUGCAAAUAAAUAGCAGCAGUAAUGAUAACAAUUCCUUGUGGGAUAAUUUCAACCCUCAUCAGAUGGGAGUGAUAGGAGAUAACGGUGCAAAUUUUGACUUUAGUUAUCAUUCAGUGUUUGGCAAUCAAUCAAGCUUUGGAGAAAGCUUCGGAAUGCUAACGAGUGAAGCAGACACAACUGGGCUCGACGAUGACGAUGAAAACCUACCUUUAGAGCCGGACAUCAGCUUCCAAGAACACGAAAAUUUUGAAAGCCUACAGAACCAGCAGGAUCUCGACCCGGUGGUAUAGAUGGAUUGAGAAGUAUCUAAAAAUAUUUUUAAAUUGAGUUUCUUGUUUUUGAAUUGAAAUAGUUUUAUAUACGUUUUAAGUUAAAAAAGAUAGUUUGUAAUCAUAUAGAAUCGCGAAUUUACCUGAACAAAAAUCGAUCAUCUCGGCAAAAUUUCUUCCAUAUGUUUGACCUGUUAAACAUUUUUUUAACAGAGAGUAUUCUUUUUUAGCCAUGUCACAUACAAAGGCGUUCAAUGAUUCAUUUGUGAGACGUGUAAUUAGGAAAAAACGUAGUAAAUUGUGGAUGAAACUGUAAGAAAAAAGUUAAACCAUGCAACUGGAGGCUGCUGAGAAAAUCGCAGCUGUGUUAGAGAAAAGAAAGCCGAAUGUUUACUCGUUCCACUGAUUGGGUGACGUAGAGAGCUAGAGUACAUGUUAUUCCUAUAUAUUUUAAUUAAAAAAUAUAAUUUAUCCUUACACUUAAACUCGACGUGAAUAAACCAGCACACAUUAUUAAAGAAUGAAUAUAAAAUGCAAUUUUACAAAUCCCUUUCCACAUUUAAGUACUACAUUAUUCAUAUGAUGCAAAUAUAUUGAUACAAUUAUGUAUGGUAUUUAUUA